GUCUCCCCCGGGGUGUCCCUCGGGCCGGGCACCGCGCCUGCACGGGCCGAAGCCCCGGGAUGGCCACGGGAGAGCUUCUAUUUGUCAAACGCAAAACGGUCCAGAGUCCUACAGUUGGACCGGUGCGAUGGAGGUGCCGGAACUCGGAUGUGAAGAAGGCUACCACAGGAUUUCCGCUGAGUUUUAAAAACCAAAAUCUAAUACCCAGUGAUGAAUAAAAGCAAGAACCACAGUCACACCCGUGACUGUCCCCCCAGCCGUCGCGGUGCAGCCGUGCCCGGCCAGGGGCGCUGCUCGGCCCGCAGGCUCAGGAGGACUCCCCGCUCCGAGCAGCCGCUCCGGUGCUGCGGUCGCGGGUGCCUCGCAGGUGCGGCCGCUCCUACCUGACGGCCAGGCCCUCCCGGCAGCUCCAGUGGAUUCCAUCCUGCAACACCCGCAGGAGUGAGUGGGAGGCACUUUAACAAAAGGAAAUGUAAAAGCACAGCACAUCCGAGAACCCGAGGCCUCCGUGAGCGGAGAGGAGUCCCGAACCCCCAGGCAGGCCUCCGUGAGCGGAGAGGAGUCCCGAACCCCCGAGGCAGGCCUCCGUGAGCGGAGAGGAGUCCCUGUGUGGGGACCGAGAACCUUCCUGUCCGGGGUGGGGCAAGAAUAGGCGUCCAGUUAAACUAUGGUGACACUGAAACCGAAGGAGAGAUUUAUAAUUCCUUAGUUCAGUAUUUUGGUGAUAAUUUGGGGCGAAAAGUGAAAGCGAUGCCCUUAGUUGAAGAAACUUCUUUUCUUGAGGAUUCAUCAGUGACUUUGCCUGUGGUAGUAAUAGGAAAUGGACCCUCAGGGAUCUGCCUUUCUUACAUGUUAUCAGGCUACCGACCAUAUUUAUCAUCAGAAGCAAUACAUCCAAAUACAAUCUUACAGAGUAAAUUACAAGAAGCAAGACAUCUUUCCCUUGUUGAUCAGGACUUAGAAUACUUGUCCGAGGGCCUUGAAGGCCGAUCAUCCAAUCCAGUUGCAGUACUAUUUGACACACUCCUUCAUCCAGAUGCUGACUUUGGGUAUGACUAUCCAUCUGUUUUGCAUUGGAAAUUAGAACAACAUCAUUAUAUCCCUCACUUAGUUCUUGGUAAAGGCCCACCUGGUGGAGCUUGGCAUAAUAUGGAAGGCUCCAUGUUGACAAUCAGCUUUGGAAAUUGGAUGGAGCUCCCUGGACUUAAAUUUAAAGACUGGGUAACUAGCAAACGAAGGAACCUAAAAGGGGAUCGAGUUAUGCCAGAGGAAGUAGCUCGCUACUAUAAACAUUAUGUGAAAGUCAUGGGUCUUCAGAAGAACUUCAGAGAGAACACUUACAUUACCUCUGUGUCCAGACUCUACAGAGACCGGGAGGAGGAUGGUGGUCAGGAUGCAGCUAUCCCAGCACAGCAUUUGCAGCUGGAGAAGUCCAAGUUUAUCAAGAGAAACUGGGAGAUCCGGGGCUAUCAGCGAGUAGCAGAUGGCUCCCAUGUUCCCUUCGGUCUCUUUGCUGAGAAUGUAGUUCUGGCAACGGGAACAUUGGACUCUCCUGCCCGUCUGGAGGUUGAAGGGGAAGAUUUCCCUUUUGUGUUUCAUUCACUGCCUGAAUUUGGAGCGGCUGUAAGCAAAGGAAAGUUGCGUGGCCAAGUGGACCCAGUGUUAAUUGUAGGUUCUGGGCUCACUGCAGCGGAUGCAGUGCUGUGUGCUUACAACAACAACAUCCCUGUGAUUCAUGUGUUUCGCAGACGAGUAACUGAUCCAAGUUUAAUUUUCAAGCAGCUUCCUAAAAAGCUGUAUCCAGAAUACCAUAAGGUCUAUCACAUGAUGUGUACGCAGUCAUAUUCUGCAGACUCGGAUCUUUUAUCUGAUUACACCAGCUUUCCUGAGCACCAUGUGCUUUCCUUUAAGUCGGACAUGAAGUGCAUCCUUCAGAGUGUCUCUGGAUUGAAGAAAAUAUUUAAAGUUUCUGCAGCAGUGGUGCUGAUAGGUUCUCAUCCCAACCUGUCUUUUCUGAAAGAGCACGGCUGUUACCUGGGCCAUGACUCAGGCCACCCGAUCACUUGUAAGGGUAAUCCUGUGGCGAUAGAUGCAUACACCUACGAGUGUGUUCAAGAAGCCCACCUUUUUGCAUUGGGUCCUUUAGUUGGAGAUAAUUUUGUUCGAUUUUUAAAGGGAGGGGCACUGGGUGUUACACACUGUUUAGCAACAAGACAGAAGAAAAAGCAUUUAUUUGUUGAAAGAGGAGGAGGAGAUGGGGUAGCUUGAAGCAGGUUUACAAGUUAAUGGAUAGUUCACCAUUAAAGAUUUUUAACUUUU